UUACAAAAGUUUUACAAUGGGUAGGUUACUCUUAGUAGCAACAUGCUCUACUUUCAGUUUCAUUUCAAGCAUUCAUUAAAUUUGUGAUUUAAAAGAUUUGCAAAUAUGGUAGAAGUAACUGCCUCCAACUUUAGUGAAUAUUUCUCCGAAAUAGAAGAAGCAAUACGACAAUGUGAUUUCAUAGCAUUAGAUACUGAAUUCACUGGAUUGAAAAUUGAUGAUGAUGCCAAUAAACCAAGUUUAUUUGAUGGUGGGGCAGAACGUUAUGCCAAGCUGCGGGAGACAAUUUCAAAGAUAACUAUUUGUCAGCUAGGUAUUUCAGUAUUCAGACGAGACCAAAAGCAGACCAGCGUCUAUGUGGCAAAGACCUACAACAUCCCGUUGUUUCCCAGAUCCUUUGGGCCUGUUGAUGAACGGUUUGUCUGCCAGGCUUCGAGUCUUCAGUUCCUUUGCAGAUACAAGUUUGAUUUUAACAAGUUCAUUUAUGAAGGCCUGUCGUUUCUCAAUGAGGAUCAGGAGAGGCAAGUUCGGGAGCACAUUGCAAGCAAGGCCAUGUUUACUGGACUUGAGAGAGACCUGGAUGAGGAGGCCCUACAGAGGAUAUGCUCACGUGUGGCAGAGUGGCUGGUAUCCAAGGACAAUGUCCCAGUCUUCACUCUCCAGAAAUCUGACAUGGAGAGUUUUCCUCUGUAUGUGCUGAGUACAGAACUACGGGGGCGGUUUCCAACAAUAUGGACUACUGUAGACAGCAAUCUCAAAACAAUUGAGGUCCAACGUAUUGAUCAGGGCGAGCGUGAGAAGAGGGAGUCUGAAGAGCUGACCAAUCAGAAGCAGCAGGAAGAACAGCUGGUGCAGAGGAUGCUGGGAUUUACACGGGUGUUCAGAGUCAUGAAACAGUGCAAGAAGCCACUUAUUGGCCACAACAACUUGAUGGACCUGAUGCUUGUGUAUGACAAGUUCCACCUUCCACUGCCUGCGUCCUACACAGAGUUCAAAUCUCAGCUGCACGCUAUCUUCCCCUGGAUCUACGACACCAAACAUGUCAUUUUCCGCAUGAGAGGGGCCAUUACGGAGGACACAGGACUGCUGCAGAAAACCUCUUUAUCAGAGAUAUACAAAGAACUGGACAGUGAUAAAGGCAGAGACCUGGUGAUAUUUCCUCCUGCAGUUAUGCAUGCAGAAGGCCACACUAAAUACAAUGGAGAUUCUCUGCCCCAUGAAGCUGGGUUCGAUGCCUUCAUGUGUGGAUUUGUUUUUCUGAGGUUAGCGCAUAUAAAAACGUUCAAAGAUGUUAAAUCAUCAGAGGUGAUACCAUGUCUGUUCCGGCGCUAUCUUCAAAGCAUGGAAGAGUAUUGUAAUAAGGUCAACAUCAUAAGGGCACGCAUUAAUAACAUUUCCUUGGACAGUGUAGACUACCAAUCAGAGAAGCCAGAACUACUGUUUGUGAGGAGCCGACUUAUGAAGAAGAGGCUCAACAUUGACCAGUUAGCAAAGUGGUUCUCUCCCUAUGGCAAUGUGGAUAUAAGAGUUUUUGGCAAGAACCGUGCAUUGGCAGCUACCAACAACUUCAAAUGUUCCAGGGAUAUCCUGAAGGCAUUCAGGGGUCACCCAACGAUAUAUGUGGCAGAGUACAGUAUAUGGAGGCAUUCACCACUAGUCAGGGGAAUACUUUGGUCUGGUGCUAUAGUAUCAGGAGGACUGUGUAUUCUGGCACUAGUUGGCUCAGUGAAGGAGAGGAAACCUUGACCACCAAAAUGUCUCCAUUAAAGCUUGAACUAGGAUCUGUUACAUUUUACAAGUCAUAUCACAUGGCUAACUGUGGGGUGUUCACCAUACAUCACGAGAACCCUUAACAGCUUAACAAGGAUCAAGCAAUGUUCUUUUGGAGCUUAUUUUUCUGAUUAAAUGUGGAAUUAAGGCAGAUAUAUUAUGAAUUUGGCUCAAGAAAGAUGUUAAGAAAAGCAUUUUUUAGCUCACCAGAGCAUAUGGUGCUCAUGAAGAGCUUUUAGGAUACCCUGUUGUCUAUUUUUCCAUCCGUCCAUGGGGCAGGUUGUUUCUUCUAACAACAUUAAUUCCCCCUGAACUGCAGAUUUUAAUUUAAAAAAAUCACAUAUGCUUCUUUGGUGACCCUUUGGCUAAGUUGUUCACUAUGAUUGUUUCCAUUGCAUAUGUAUGGAUUGAGCUAUAAAGAAAAUUAACCUGAAAAAUACUAAUAUCAAACCACAGGGCACAGGCUUUAAUACUUGUUGUGUGACAUUGUCAUGCAGUCUCCUUUCAUUCUUCAAAUCAUUUUAUGAGGUCAAAGCUGGCAAUGCUACAGGCUCAUGUGAUUUAUAAAUAUAUUUAUAUAGUAAAUUAUAUGGUAAAUUACUUUUAAAAUCAACUACAAUAAAACCGCAAUUGUCAAGGGUUAAAUGUUUGGUGUUUAAUAUGGUAUGAUGUUCCUCUACAUGUUUGUUAUAAUAAUUCUCCUAAGGUCAACUUUAUUCCCGGCCUGAGAGAUGCUUGUUUUCCUUAUUAUGUAUAUAAUAAAAACUUUUUAUUCUUCUCUGAAACCUCAAGCCUAAGAGGUUUGAUAUUUGUCACAUACAUGUAUACUUGUAUGGGGGUCUUCUACCAAGUUUGUUUAAACCAUGCCCCCGUGUUCAAAAUUGGCAUCGCAUUCUGUAGGCAUUCUAAGAUUUAUAUAAAUGGUAAAUAACUGUUCAUUAAAUAUGCCAUGAAUAUGCAAUUGAAUAUUUCUUUAUUUUAUUUUGCCUGUAGGUAGUGAACAGACUUGAAAUGUCCACUUUAAUUUGUUCUGAUGUUGAGAUGUUGCAGUUUAUAGUUUUAACAGUCACAUAACAUUUAGAUUUUGAUACACAUUUCUGGUCUUAAGAUGCUAAAAAAGUAAGUGCUAAGCUUUACUAAGAAGGGAUUUUUUUGCGACAAAAUGUUGUGUUUCAAUUUAAAUUUAUUCCAAAUAAUGAUGUCUGUUAAUUGUUUGCAUUAUUCUUUUAUAUUGUUUGAUUAAAUACAACAAGAGUCAA